UAAUUCCAAUAUGGCGGCCUACACAAGGCCGAUGUCAUCGUGUUUCUCUCGAGGCAGAAACCUCUUUAACAAAUGCCCCUACAAAGAAUUAUCCUUCGUUACCAGAAGAAACAAUGCAACCUUUUCACAUGCAGCUAAAAAUCGGAGCGUUUUACUUGGUGUUGGGGCUCUCGCAGGCAUAAGUUUUGGAGUUUUGUAUUCCUUGAAGACCCAGAGUCGUAUUGCUCGCGAGAUCGAACAGGAAAAUUAUUCAUCUGAAAAUUCAGCAUCCAACGAAGCCUCGCAUCAGCCAAAGAUAACACUGUAUCAGUACCAGACAUGUCCUUUUUGCUGCAAAGUCAGGGCUUACUUAGAAUAUUUUGGAAUUGAUUACACUAAAGUUGAAGUUAACCCUCUGACAAGGAAAGAAAUCGAGUUUUCUACAGAGUACAGGAAAGUGCCUAUUGCUAUCGUGGAUGGGAAACAGAUAAAUGACUCUUCUGUGAUCAUAAGCACUCUGUAUUCAUCACAAGUCACGGGUCAGUCCCCUGAGACCAUCCUUCCCUUUUACCCAGAGAUGAAGUACAAGGAUGAGAAAGGGAAGGAGAAAGUGGAGUAUGCCAACAGACAUGCAAUCAUGUACUUGGACCGAGUGGACAAGAAAUUGCAGGAGAAGCUCAUGGAAGAGCGCAGAUGGCGUGAGUGGGUGGAUAAGACAUUUGUUCACACUCUCUCCCCAAACAUCUACCGCACAACAGCAGAAGCCAUGCAAGCAUUUGAAUACUUCUCAAGUGUGGGAAACUUCAGCACUAUGGAACGCUACUCUGUCCGUUAUUUUGGUGCCUUCACGAUGUACAUCCUUGGAAAACAUUUAAAGACGAGGUACAGGUUAAAGGAUGAUGUACGAGAGUCUUUGUAUGAGGAAGCGGAAAAAUGGAUGAAAGCGGUUGGUAAGAGGAAGUUCAUGGGUGGAGCUUCUCCCAACCUUGCUGACCUGGCUGUGUAUGGUGUGCUACAUGGUUUAGAAGGUCUCGACAUGCAUAAUGACUUAAUGGCAAAUACUACCAUGAAACCCUGGUACGACCGCGUGAAGGAAGCAGUUGAGACUCAUGCUGGAGCUGCAAUGAUGAAUAAAACUUAAUGCUAAAAACGAAUGUGGAAACCUGGAAAUGAUUUUUUACAGACUGUUAGGAAACAACCACUUGAUAUUAACAAGUCACAUGGUGUAAACUGAAUUGCUGUUGUACAUACUGUCAGGUGCUGACCAUUUGAUAUCCACAAAUACAUGGUGUUAAUCUGGAUAUGCAGACAGUUCGAUAUAUGAUUCACAUGGUGUAAACCAGAAAAUGGUUAGGGAUCAAGAUGGUCAACAGGGAAGUAAUGAUUUUCUCUCCUCAAUAUUUGCUUGCAGCAAUAUGGGUUCAAUGCUUUUUGGAAUUUCCCUGUGCCUGCUAGCCUAGGUUAGUUUGUUCGAUUUUUUUAGGAACUGAAAUGGCCAGUCCCUUAUUGAUAAAGUACCAUUAGGUUGAAGGAAGAAAUAAAAUAAAGCUUUAGCGUAAUAUUUUCCCUGUAAAAAUAGAAGUAAACAACAAGGGUUUGUAUUUUUAAUUGUAAAAAAGUGGAUUGCUAUUUAUAAUCCAUGUAAUUGAGAAAUAAUAGGUUCUACGACAAAAA